CAUAGGAGUAUAUGAAAACCCAUCAGUCUCUGGUCUUUGCCUUUCCGCUUUAGGCUGUACUCUUCAGAAGAAGCCAAGCUGUUGUAGUUGUAGUAGGAAGGAAGAAAGACCGACUGUACUCAAAAUCACUUGCUAAAUUCUGCUGCCCAUUCUCCACAAACCUCAAUCCUCACUCCACCCAUUUUCCUUCUUCUUGUUUUACCCCCAUUUUCCUUUUAAGCGAAUCAUUAACGAGAAAUUAAUUUGUACCUACAAGAACAAGAAAACAGAAAAAUGUCUACCUGGCUCUCAUCAUUUUCUCUACCCAACCCUUUCAAAUCAGAUUCUGACUCCGACGACGGCGAUCGCGACGAUCAAGACAAUAAACCCUCGACAACCCGCCACUCUCCUGCACUCGCCUCACCCAAUUCUGCCUCUUCUCCUCCCUCCGGCGUCAAACAGGACCUUUCUGCCCUCUCUCAGACCUUCUCCUACCAUCUCCGGGGAGUCGCCGCCUUUUUGGCCCCUCCCCCGGCCUCCCAACGUCAGAAUGCCGGUGACUUCAACAGUAAUUACACUUCCACGACUGCAGGUGAUGGUUAUGCGACGGCGUCGCCUCCCUCGGAAUCUGAAACUAUCACUGGAAUAAGAAAGGACUUGGAGGAAAUCGGUGGCAGCUUUAAAUCCCUCUUCUCUUCUUCUUCCAACAAAGCCGUUUCUGGGAUUUCGAAGCUUGCUACUAAUCUUCUACAGUUCCAAGGUGACGUCAUCGAUGAAGGAGAAGGAGAAGGUGAAGAAGAGGACCUAGAAGAACAGGACGUUGCCGGAAUUAGGGAGGAACUUGUGGACUUUGCUCGGGAAAUUUCUCUACGGCCUGAGCUUUGGACAGAAUUUCCUCUUUCUCUACCAAAUGAUUUUGACAUGUCUGAUAAUCAAAGAUCACAUGCUGCAACUAUUGAGGAUUUGGUGCCUAGUAUUGGGACUUUGAGGAGGACUUGCAGUCAUUUGCGUGAUGGGCAAUUCUGGAUGAUAUAUUUUAUAUUGUUGCUUCCCAGAUUGAAUGAGACUGACAUGGAUCUUCUAUCAACUUCUGAGAUCAUUGAAGUGAGAGAGACACUUCUGCUGAAACUGCGGAACAAGAGUAAUGCACAAGUGGCUUCUGGUAUCUCUGAAACUGUCAAUACCCCUGCUUUAAGUCAAGAGAUGAGUGCAAUACAAGAAGAUAAAAGUUUAUCUGAGCAGAAAGAUGCAUCAGCUGAGACUGCAAACACUACAAAAGAGAGAGAAGUUGAAACUGGGAAAAAUGGAAUGAGAUUAAAAGAUGAAGAUGCUGGUGUACCCGAAUCCUUAGAUGGUCAGAAACGUCCUCAAAAUGAGGAUGAUGUUUCCUUCAGUGAUCUAGAGGAUGAAGAUAAUGAUCCAUCAGAUAAAGUUUCUGGGUUUAGGCGGACACAAAAUGGAAGAGGUUCAUCAGCCAGUGAAUCAAGUGAAUGGGUUAGAUUAACUGAAAAUUCUGGAGCUCAGGGUGGUCAGAAUAACCCGGGAUUGUCAACCAGGCGAGGCAAAGAUUCAGAAGGUGAGGAGUCAAACGACUGGCUCACUGUGGAUGAUAUUGAUUUAGACAACUUAGCAGCUGCUUGAAUCCCCAAUUUCUGUAAAUCUGUCUUUUCCUUCUUGUGUUUAUUCUUUGGCUUCAAUUAUGCUGCUGCUGUUUCAGAUCAAGAAAAGCUUCGUCUAAAUAAUUCAGAGUACUUGGGUAGUUUUACAUCACCUAUAAUAACUGUACAUUGUUCUCGAUAGGUUUAUUUCCUUUAUUCAUGUUUGCUCUUGUAUAUAGCUUGUAUUUUAUAAUGGAAAUUUCUAAAUUUUGUGGA